AUGACGACGCCAACGAAAGAAUUCCCCGCCUUCGAAUUCCAGCAGCCAACACCACAAAGAACACACAGGUCCUCGGAUGAGGAAGGCACUGUGGUCGGAAACGACAGACCCGAUGGCUCGGUCGACUCUUAUGCGCUUAGAGACCGCUUGAACGUCGAAGCUGAGAAAGGGCCCAUCACAGACCGCAGAUAUGAACAGUCACCAUCGAGAUCGAGGAAUCGAGAAGAGGCCAGCCGGAUACAAGAUGAAUUGAGACUGCAGGAAGCUGAACGUUUGGCGACCGUUGCGAGUAAUACCGAAGGACGGACAUCGACGAGCCUACAGCGAUCAAGGUCACGGGUUGCAGAGCCGAUCGACGACUUUGAUGCUGCCACCAACCCAUUGCAUGAGAAGACUGCCGUUUACAAGCCGCCAGAGCAUCCAACGACAAAGGUUGCCAAAUUCUUCAAGUACAUCCACGAAAGCAGUUGGCUGAUACGAUACUUCACGUACAUUGUUCCUGUCACAGCACUUCUACUGAUCCCGAUCCUGAUCGGCACCCUGACGGAUCCUGGCCGCAACGCCAAUGUCGGCAGCGUGAAGCUCCUCUGGUUCGGCAUCUGGCUACAGAUUGUCUGGCUGACUCUGUGGGGUGCACGUAUUGCAGCAAAGUGCAUCCCGUUCCCGCUCGGCCUGAUUUCCAGCAUGUUCACCAACAACUCGAAGAAAUGGCGAGACUUCGGCAAGCAGCUAGAGCUGCCACUUACGCUAUUCUUGUGGUGGCUAGCAAUCGAAAUCUCCUUCCUCCCCAUUAUGACGAACAAUAGAAUAAACGGCGGCAGAGGUGCGACCAGCUGGAUGUCGACGAUGAACAAAGUGCUUGUUUCAUUCCUCGUCGGUGCUAUUCUGAAUCUCGUGGAGAAGAUCAUUAUUCAGUUGAUCGCCAUCUCCUUCCAUCUGCGGACGUACGCCGAUCGGAUCGAGUUGAACAAAUUUCAGAUCGGCAGCCUCACCAAGCUGUACAUCUAUUCCAAGGAACAAAUUCAGAUGGAAGAUCACGAGUUCCGGGAAAAGGACUCCGGGCCUGCCUCUGGUACACGAACGCCGGCCAUGUACAUGGAUCUGGCGGUCAAUGCUGCGAACAAAGCAGUAGCCAAAGUUGGUGAUGUUGCGGGCGCCGUGGCUGGGGACUUUACUGGGCAGAAAGUCGCGAAGAGUGACCACCCCGCCCAGGUGAUCCUCGAGCUCUUGAGAACAACGCCCGGCUCCCAAGUCCUGGCUCGGCGGCUGUAUCGGACGUUCGUCCGCGAAGGCGAAGAGACUGUGGCAUCUGACGAUCUCCGGAAAGCGUUCGACAACGACGACGAAGCGACCGCCGCGUUCAGCAUGUUUGACAAGGACAUGAACGGCGACAUUAGUAUGGAAGAGCUAGAGGCGGUCUGCGUCGAAAUCGGCCGUGAAAGGAAAGCUAUCACAGCUUCCCUGAAGGAUCUAGACUCCGUUGUCAGCAAGCUGGACGAUGUCUUGAUGUUUGUGGUCUUCGUCAUUGUUGUUCUGGUCUUCAUCUCGCUUAUCUCCACAUCCGCCGCCGGCGUACUCACGUCUGCCGGAUCUGCGGUGCUCGCCCUAUCCUGGCUAUUCUCAGCUACAGCUCAAGAGUUCCUGCAGUCAAUUGUCUUCGUCUUCGUCAAGCAUCCUUUCGACGUUGGAGACCGUGUGUCUAUCUAUGGCAACACUGGAGCCCAGCUGAAGGGUGACGACUACUUCGUGAAGGAGAUUUCUCUGCUGUAUACCGAGUUCAAGAAGAUGGAAGGGCAAGUGGUUCAAGCACCCAACUCAUAUCUGAACACAUUGUUCAUUUUGAACAUGCGCCGAUCUGGAGGUCUGGCCGAAGCAGUUCCUGUGGUCAUUCGCUUUGGCACCACUUUGGAGCAAAUCGAGUCGUUACGCAAUACGCUCCUCGAAUUUGUCCAGUCUGAGAAACGCGAGUAUCAGAGUAAUAUUCUAACCGAACUCAGAGAUGUGACUGAAGCGUAUUCGCUGACGCUCAACGUGGUGUUCUUCUACAAAUCCAACUGGCAGAACGAGUUGCUACGCCUACAACGUCGCAACAAGUUUAUUUGUUGCUUGAUGAUGGCGAUGCAACAGCAUGGCAUCGAAGGACCAUACAGAAACCAGGCCGGCUACACUACUGACCGGCCAAUGUACCUCAACUACCCUGCUGGCGCACCACCUUCGUAUCGUGGACAAACCGAUGGCACAGACAAUGCUGCUGUCGAAGAAGAUGCGCGGCCUGCAGCAAUGCCAUCCAGAUCUAAUGCAUCGAUACUCCGCCGCCGCCCAAGCACAGGCUACAUUCGACCACGAGGAGAAUCCAUCUCGGCCAUGGCGAAGCGUGUGGACUUCUCGCUAGGCAUGAAGGACCUCUCAGCCGGCGACGAGCUCGGCGACGUCUACGAAGACCGCGAUCCUUCACAAUAUCGCAAUCUCAUUCGUGAGACGAAUCGUAUCGAAGAAGAGCGACGAGCUUCUGAGUCAAGGGACCGCAGCGGAUCGGUCGCUCGAAAUUCGUCGUCUCAAGUCCGGACCUCGCUGCCACAGGUGCGCGAUAGAACCGGAUCUGUAGCAGUUUCACAGACUAGAGCCUCUGGCGGACUUCUCAGAAGAGCUACUGAGCAGGUAUCUAGUCCCACGCAUGGUCGCGGUUCAUUCAACAGUAUGGAAAUGCAUCGGAACCGCUUCCUUAGCCGCCUCGGUCGGGGAAAGAGCGGUGUCGAUGAUCAGCGAGAUGUCGAAGCCGGGCCCAUUGAUUCACGGUCUGGACAAGUCACGAGCCAGGCAGUGCGCAUGGACUCCGCCGCUUCCAUCCAGCCCGAGCCUACGGUUGGUAGUCCCCUCAUGCCUACGACAUCACACAGUCGAGACUUUGGGUUGAGUCGGUCUGAUCAGCAGCCUGGUCAAGACAAGCAAGCAUGA